ACAGUUUUUCGAAAUUAGUUCUAGUGAGUCUGUGAAAGUGUGAGCGACUAUCGGACGACGACGACGAGGAGCUGAAACGACUUUACUUUGAGUUUUGUUUCGUGCACACGCGCGUUCACCAAGCAACCCACACACAGAGAGCUGAUCAACUGCUGCAAGAGUUUGACUCUGACUGGGCAAAGGCUAUUUAAUACCGCGAGUUCAGCUGGGGAGCUGGCAGCAAAUAAGCAGAAGAAGUCCACAUCCAGGCAUCCACAUCUGAGGUCGUCGCCAGUGAUCGAUCAGUCGAUUCUAUAACUAAGUAGAACACGUGCAACAUGUCGCAUCAGUGCAGCUGCGGUCGCGAUUUAAACAACAAUUACGUGUCCUAUACGAAUGCCUACGCCAAUGCAAACGCGGGCCUGGAUCGGGACGCCAACGCAAAUUCCAGCAGCAAACCCAGCGCCUCGCAUCACACGCAGCUAACCGCUAAGGUAAUGUUCGGUACAGUGGGCGCAAUCAAGGAGCUGCGCGACAAGGAGCAACAACAGUCCCGGCAUGCGGCUGCCCGCGCCGGCGAUCGACGUCAAUAAAAGCGGGCGGAUGUGCGGGCGCUGGUGGCUGGGCGUGGCUAAUGCCAUGUCCACCUGGCAGACAGCCAGAAGUAGACUUGAGUGAAUUGAGUGCUGUGCUUUGAAAGUUGGCUGCGGCCAUUGCCAAGCCAGGAUAUAUUCAAUUUGUGAUUUGAAUUUUGAUAGCUGUCUGCCCGCCAGGGGCUCCAGCCCAGCCUAGUGGUCAUGUUAGAGGCUUAAAAGUUGUUAAGGGACAAUGCGAUUGUUAAGCGAGUGUGCAGAAAAUGCGGUGGAAUGAAUUACAAUAAGGCAAGAAUCACAUUCCGUUUUGUAAAAAUGAUUUUAUCGCGAAUAAGAACGGUACCAAUAUCCGUGCCCUCAAUCCAUAUAUCAUAGAACAUAUAAUGCAGUUCUAAUGCACACUUAAUAUAUUCGCUCUGUCCCACAUUAUCUGCAUCUGUAUUUGUAUCUGUCUCUGAUUCUAUCGUUCUUUCUCUUUAAAUAAAAUACUAAAAUGUUCCUGUUUUGCAAAACUUUUUCCCUAUAUAUUCCAUGGCGUAUCCAGUUGCCAGUUACAAAUAGUUAAGCUGUGGGUUUUUCUUUGUCUAAUUAAGGUUUGCUCAAUGUCCUAAAGUUUUUCAAGCUAUUUUAUUAAAAAGGCUUUUGGGUUUAACUCUUAAGUAUAUAAGAAAAAAUUAAAUUUUGAUAUAAAAUUUAUGUAAAUUGUUUAUCAUAUUUAUACAUACAUAGUACUAUAUAGUGCAAUACUUUAGCUACAUAUAUACACACUUACCCUAAACACACAUUCACACACCCCUACAUAAUGCAUAAUUUUAAGUUUAUGUUACAUUUAAACGCGACACAUUUUGCAAAAAUAAUCCGAAUUGCUGUUUGUAAAUUUAGAGGCCGCGUCUGGAGAUUUCCAGACCGAAGCCAAAUUCGCAGCUGUUACAAGACGCACAGCACGUAUACAUGCGCAGACAUAUUUCUACCAAACAUAUUAAACCUUGUAAAAUUGCUAUUUUGAUCAUUAUGUUACAAAUGCAACUAACAUCGUUCCUCCCUAUGAAAAAUCUGAAAUAAGUUGUAAGAAAUACAAAACGAAAAAAAAAACUGAAAAAGAUAUAAUAAACUAAAUAUUGUUUUAAUUGUUCAUCCACGAAACGAGAAAAGCGUAAACAAGAGCUCGGCAGGUGUCUGCAUAUAAACAUACAUAUGUACAUUAUAUUUAUUAUACCUAACUUUAAUUUUACUAUAUAUAAAUAUGUUAAACCUAAAUUAACAUGCAAUAAAUGCAAAUAAAAUCUCAAAUUUUUAAUCAACAAA